AUGGUCUUCAUGAUGACGGCGGCGAACCGCUUCGAAGUGGUUGUCAGGCAAAUCCGGAAUAAGCUCAAGCUGCAGCCGCAUGAGAGUGUGUUUUGCUAUAUUGGAAACGUCUUUUCGCCGGCGUUGGAUGAGAGCGUGGAGAAUCUUUGGAGGUGCUUUAAGCAGGGAACGAAGGAGGAACUGUACGUGGGGUAUGCGCUUAGCCCGGCAUUUGGAUGA